AUGAACCCCCUCCGAGUAGGCCUUGUUGGCCUUGGCCCAGUCAGUACUGGGCCGUUUAAUGCCGGUGAAUGGGGCAUCCAACACCUGAAUGCCAUCGUCAACUCACCCCACCUCGAGCUCGUCGCCGUCUGUAAUUCUUCUGAAGAGUCAGCUCUAAAAUCAAUUGCUAGUCAUGAUCUCUCCUCUACCGUGAAAGCAUAUGGAUCCAUGGAGGGCAUCGCCAGCGACCCAAAUGUUGAUCUUGUGGCAGUUGUCGUGCACCUCGACAAGCACUACGCAUUGGCCAAGACCCUCUUGAAGUAUAAUAAAGACCUUUUUAUUGAAUUCCCUGCGACUCCUUCGGUGGCUCAGACUUCCGAGCUUGCAAAGUUAGCCAGGAGCAGGGGCGUGAGAACUAUUAUAGGAUCUCAAGGCCGUUGCGACCCAGCAGUGGCGAAGCUCCGUGAGCUUAUUGAAAGCAAGGUGAUCGGGGACGUCGUUUACAGCACAUUUAUUGGCCACACUUCACUCGAUGCCUCUGAAGGCUGGCCAAAGGCACAAUCUGGGGCCCUGGACCUCGACUCUGGAAUCAGCCGUCUCAAUAUUGUCUUCGGGCAUCAAAUCGAUGCGUUCAUCUCUGUUUUGGGUACAUUUUCUACCAUCCAGAGCACAUUCAAGACGAAAGAGAAGACAACCCGGCUUCUUGAUGCCAAAGGCGAUGUUGUAGACCCUUCAUACCAAAUCACAUCACCUGACAUCAUACUCGUUCAAGGUGUACUUGGAGGAGGGGCUGCCGCGUCUUUCCAAUUGCGUACCAACAAGUCUCCGGCUGAUGGGGUAGGCUCUCGCUGGAUCAUCUCCGGCACCGAAGGGGAGCUGGUAUACACCGGUGAUCCAGGAUUCUUCCAUAUGGGAGUGACCGGAGGAAAGCUUACUCUCAAGAAGUGGGCAGCAGGGACAGAGGAGAUCGACCUUCAGUCGGAAAAGGGAGAGUACUUUGGGCGCAUUGCCGCGCCUGGAAUCAACAUCUUGAGGCUCUAUGAAGCCUUUGCCCAGGGCAAGAAGAAUGCAUACGCAAGUAUUGAGGAUUCGCUGGAAACACAGCGAUUGUUGGACAAAGUGAAGCAGAAUGCGGUGUGGGCGCCAUAA